AUGAGGAAUUUGAAAAAUAGAUAUAAAGGCUUAAAUUUGAAAAGUAUUUUAAUACAAAAUACAGAUGAGUUUUGUCGCAAUACCACGCUGCAUGGCAUGAAAUAUGUGGCAGAUAAUAGAUUAAAGCCAAGUGAAAGAUGCUUUUUUGCUUUAUCCAUUUUAACGGUGGUUUGCUUAGCAAUUUACUUGAUUGCUCGAGUCUAUGACAAAUGGUCUACAACUCCCGUAAUUGUGGGUAUUAAUCCGGAACCCACAUUCAUAACUGAUGAGCCAUUUCCUGCUGUAUCCAUUUGUAACUUAAAUCAAGCUUUGGCUGCCAAGGCGGAAUAUUUUUCAAGGAAUUCUCCUGAGUAUGCCAUGCUGCAAUUGUUGUGCAAGCGAGAGGUCAAUACAUCCAUGUUACGAACUUUAACGAAUUGGAAUAAUUUGGAGAGUUUUAUUUUAAAUAUCUCUCAACCCUGUGAGGAUAUGUUGCUUGAUUGUCGUUUUGGUGGUAGAAAUUACAAUUGCAGUCAUAUUUUCCAUCCCUUGGUAACAGAUGAAGGUCUAUGCUGUGUUUUUAACAUGCUAAAUCCCAAGUUUAUGUAUGUUUCUCACACACCACUGACCUAUCACAAUCUUACAAAUUACAUCAUGCACAAACCUGUCGAUUGGUAUUCAGAAAAGGGUUAUCCAGAUGAUUUACCCACACAUUUCUAUCCCCACAAAGUGCCGGGUGUAGGAGAAUCAUUGGGAUUGUCGGUAACGCUUGAUGUACAGCAAGCAAAAUACUAUUGCUCAUCAUCGAGUAGUGUGGGUUUUAAAUUUGCCCUGCACAGUCCCAACGAAUCGCCAAAUAUACGAGAGACCGGGAUCUUUAUAGAAAAUGGCAAAGAGAGCAAAUUACGCAUUAAACCAUAUAAAACUGAAACCGAACAGCAUUUGAGAGGCAUCAAUAGAAAUUUGCGGCAUUGUUUAUUCCACAAUGAGGGAAAUUUGAAAUUUUUUGCUCAUUACACACAGCGGAAUUGUGAAAUGGAAUGUGUGGCGGAGAUAUCGCGUAAAUAUUGUGGCUGUGUCAGUUAUUUUAUGCCCAAAAUAUUUAACAAUAUAUCGAUCUGCAGCAUAAAUGAUGCAAAGUGUGAGCGCAAGGUCAUGUUGCGCAUGGACAACAGAAUUAAAUCGUGUGUGGAUGAUUGCUUGCCCAGUUGUUAUGAAUUGAAUUUCGAAGUUGAUUCGUUUUCCACAAAACUCUCUCAUAAUGGUUUCGAUAUCAGCAAUACGUUAGUUAUGAAUAUGAGCCAUUUGUAUGUGGAAGAGAAUAUUGCAGUUGUUCACAUGUAUUUCAAGGAGAAUUCAUUUCGCAGUAAUAUGCAAACGGAAUUUGUUGGCAUAUCGGAUUUUCUAUCCAGCAUUGGUGGCUUAAUGGGCCUUUUUCUGGGCUUCAGUUUUGUAUCUAUAGCCGAGCUUAUAUAUUAUGCCAUUAUACGUCCUUAUCGUUCGAUCAGCAAAUUCACUCAGACCAAAGAUAUUUAUGAAACUUUGGAAAAUGGCACUCAAAGUCGUUCAGCAAUACCUACGAAAACCCUUAAUAGAUCGGUUAAGAAACGUUAUAAUAAUAAUGUAUUUCCCUCGGUAAAAAUUCACAGUGAUAAAAAGCAUUUAGUGGAUCAUAAAAUGCCGUUGCCUUAUUUAUUGAGUGGUGAUUUGGAAAAACAUGGAAAAAGUGGCAGUUAUGGCUGGUUGGAAUAA